AUGUCAAAGUUCCUUCUCCUACUCGUGGCUGUGAGCCAGGCCCGCGAGAUCGUCUUUCCACCUGUUGCCGCCAUCCGAGGGCCAGCUGCUCAUACACAGUUCCAUCUGACUUCCGACGUCGAUUUAGACGACGAUGUCGACCUGACGACAGAUCCCGUCGGCGGGCUCGCCUCGUUUGCCCACCUGCCGUACGUUCCGUGCUUCUCCUCCAAGACCGACGACGAGGUCGAGAAGUACGACAUUGCCGUCCUCGGCGCGCCCUUUGACACGGCUACGUCGUACCGUCCAGGCGCCCGCUUUGGUCCCCACGGCAUCCGAGAUGGCUCCCGGCGCAUACGUCCCAAUCACUCGUGGAACAUCUACUCGGGCCACAACCGGCUAAAGGAGUGGGCCAAGCUGGUCGACUGCGGCAAUGCACCGCUGACCGUGGUCGACAACACCAUGGCCCUGAAGCAGCUCGUCAAAGCGCACAAGAUUACCUCUGGUCGCGUAGCCAACAAUGCCUCCAUUGCCACCAUUCCGCGCGUCAUGAUGCUAGGUGGCGACCACACCAUCACCCUGGCCGCUCUGCGCUCCACCUACGAGUACUGGGGUGUCGUAAGUGUGAUCCACUUUGACUCGCACAUCGACACCUGGGAUCCCACCGCCUCUGGCGGCGGCAUCACCGACUACGCCUCCGUCAACCACGGUACCUUUCUGCACAUUGCCCACGAGGAGGGUCUUAUCUCCAAUGACUCGUCCAUCCACGCCGGUAUCCGCGCGCCGCUUGGGACGCAGCAUCGCGAUCUCAAUAACGACGUUCAAUGCGGCUUCGACAUUGUCACGGCCCGCGACAUUGAUGCACUCGGCACGCAGGGUGUCAUAGACAAGCUCAAGAAUCGCGUUGGUGACAGCAAGGUCUAUAUCACCGUCGAUAUCGAUGUCCUAGAUCCAGCCUACGCCCCGGCUACCGGCACGGCCGAGCCAGGCGGCUGGACUACUCGCGAACUUCUGACUAUCCUCGAUGGCCUCAUCGGACUAAAGGUCAUUGGAGCAGACGUUGUCGAGGUGGCGCCGGCCUACGAUAACACAGGCGAGACGACUUGUCUGGCAGCUGCCGAGGUGGCUCGUAGUCUGAUUGGGCUCAUGGUGGCUGUACCUGUUACUAAUAAGGACUGA